AUGUCUUUCGCCCAUCUGUUCCUUUCAUUUCUUCUACUUGGCCGUUUGCACGCUGCCAGUGCAAGCAAUGAAUCUCACCAAAUUGCUACUGACAUCGUGGUUGGGCCGGGGGCCGAGGGCGUCGUGGACGAGAUUGCGAAAACCACAGAUGCCCGCGAUCUGACAGAGCUGUUGGCACAUACGGGAGACCCUGCUGACGGCGAGCAAGAUGCGGAGCAGCUAUACCUUCCACCGGCAGCAGUGGAGGCGGAUGCCGCUUCCGCGAAUGACGAGCAUACUAGGGCCGAAGAUCUUUCUUCUCAGGCGACUGCCUUAGCUACCCGAAAACGAGCGACACAUGUAGCCGUAGAGAAGAGAAGCCAAGCCUGGCGAAGGCGGUCCAAGGUGUUUGCGAGGUCUGUCCUGCUGUUUGUUGCUUUGCUGGGUGGCAUUUAUGUGUUUCGCAGGGGGGCACGGACUCAAAUGUCGCUGUCAACUGAUGUGGUGGGUGUCCGCCAUGAUGUGGGUGCCCCCCUGGAUGUGAGUGUCCCCCCGGAUGUGGGUGUGCCCCCGGAAAAGCCACCUCAGGCUGAUCCACAGCCUCCGGGGAAAGACCUAACACCUGUCCUUCCGACUGCUGCCGCGGCUGAGGCCAUUGAUUUCCAUCAUGAAAGCCUGCCCGUGGAGCAGCAGCCAGACGAGCGAGCUGCGCGUCGGAUACCUUUGAAAAAAAUGCUCUUGGGUGCCGCCUUUGCGGCGACCGUUGCCGUUCUUGCCUACGGGGCCGCCUUUUGCAUCUCUUCCAGAGUUGACACCACGCAUGGGCCACACUACUCAAAUGAGAGCGAACCUUCUAGCGGCGCAACGCACGCUGCCGAGCCAACUCCAGAAUCGCCCCUAAGAGGCGGCUCAGAGGGCCUCUCAAUGAAGAAUGUUGCAAAGUUCAUUAUUGAGCGUGGAAGGGAACCCCAUAUGAUUCCGCGGGCGGUCAAGGAUCUGCAGCCCGAGGCCCCUGCGGGUGCUAUGUACGGUGUAGGAACCCCAAGCCCCGAGUUUUGGCCAUUAACGGGGGUCCCGAGCUGGCUGCUGUGGGGGUCAGGUUUUACUUUACUGGUGGUCACCGUUCGGUGCGUAGCGGCGGUUAUCGCUGCUCUGAAAACACUGCGGUCAACACAGGGCAAGCUGCGCGAGCUCGAAACGCGUCGCACUGCGGCGGGACAGCAGUUUCGCGAACUCAAGGAAGCUCAGCGUGUGCUCGAGCAUGUGCGAGCUGAUCUGAUACGAGCUCUUGUCGCCUCGGCGGUGGACUUUGGUGAUAAACUGGAGAACGAGAUCGGUGCUCUAACGGCAGACCGCAAGCAGCUAGAGAGCAACCUGAUGACGUUCCAGAGCCGAUUGAGGGAAGCAGAAAAACAGAGAGUGCGAGAGAGGAAACAGGGGGAGCAGACUGGUGGAGGGGAGAAGGGGCAGGGUGUCGGGGAGCGGGCGGCUCCAACACGCAACGGUGAAGGACGUCCGGAGCAGCGUGAUCGUAUCCAAGCACUAGCGACUCACUUGCAGCAGCUGCAGCAGGAGUCGGCGACGCUUGCAUGGGAGGAAAGGGAGGUACGUGCAAGAAGCGUAAAGCUUGAUGACGAGCUCGCUGCCACGAAGCAACAGGUAAGCCAGAAAAACACGGAACGUGAGGGUACCCCUCGGGACCAGGAUGCACUGCGAGCUCGCGCAGAAUCAGCACGCAAACGGCGGUGA